AUGGCACAACCAAAAACUAAGCUAAGAGUUAAAAAAAGUAUAGCCAAGCAACAAAGCACCUCUGGGCAAUUUAUCACCGAGAGAGAGCAACACCUGAAGAAGGAAUAUGCCGUCCUGACAGAGUAUAUCAAGGCCUAUUCAGAUCGAGUGGAUCGCUUUCAAGAUGAAAAUGAAUUCCUGGACAAGGAAGCCCAGGAGAUCCGAGAAAACAACAAAGGUUACCUCGCCUACUUAGCCAGGCGCGCUCUCCUGUGCCAGAAUGCCAUCGUUACCUUAAAUGACCAGAACCGCUCAGAUCUGGCCUCUGUCCUGAAGCAGAAGGAUGAGCUGACCUCUCAGUGCAGAGACAGAGAGAAGGAGGUCAGGAGCCAGCUGAUUGAGAUGGAGACCAAGUAUUCCCUCAUGAACAAGGAGGUUGACGAACUGAGGCCCUUCAGGGAGCUGCAGUCAGACCAGCUUGCCCGCAUCCAGGAGCUGGAGAAAGACCUCCUGGCCAUGAAAAUCCACCACUCUGAGCAAAUGCACACCGUGAAGAGCCGGUUCCUGCAAAAGAAGGCAGAAUAUGAAAUGGAGUCCCAGCAGAGGGUCCAAGCUUUGGCCAAAAAGGCAGAGAAAGAGGCCGUGCGCAGCCUCAUCCAACACACCAAGCAGGUAAAAGCUGAGAACGGGAGACUGCGCCAUGAGCUGCUGAACCUCAUCAAGAGAGCCCAGGGCCUAAAGGCCAUCGUGCAUCAGCUCCAGGAGCAGAAAGAACAGCUUCUUCAGGAGCUCCGAUACGGUGAAGACUUGGCCCAGGUCCACAGCUGGCUAACUCAACGGAGGAGACCCAGGGGUGGGACCAGCCUGCCUACCAGGACUGAGGUUCCCAUAGCACCCACGGCUUGUAUGAAGAGCUUUAAUGGCAGCAGCAGGAAGACUGGCGUAGCUCUGGCGUGA